UGUUAAAGCCCACCACAGAGGCACUCAUCUUCACCCUCACUCAUGGCCGACGGCGACGGUGACGGCGGCGGCGGAGAGGGCGGCGGGAGCGCCGAGUGGCAGCCCAUCUACGACCGGGUCCAGGCGCAGGCCGAGGCUCUCGCCGCCGACCGCGCGCGCCUGGAGGCGGCCAGCAAGGCCCAGCGCGAGUCGUGGGAGGCGGCGCGGAGGCUUCAGCGGAGCGUGGAGGAGCUGCAAGCGGCGGCGCGGGAGAAGGACGCCGAGGUCGGCAGGUUGCGAGCAGAAGCCGCCGACGCUACCAAGAAGCUGCAGGAAGUGCGCCAGGCGGAUGCGGGCAGGAGGAUGAGGUGGGAGGCGGCCUACGUGGAUCUGAUUCUCGGUGCCAACCAGAAGCUCGACGAACUCAGAGAUGUCGACAUGGAGGAUUCCAGAAUUUGUGCAGAAACCCCCAACUCUAAGGCAAGACUCAGUCAGAACACUGUGGAUCAGGCAUCCGUUGCAAGUGAUUUAAGCAUGGAGCUAAGAAAACUAAAGCGAGCGUACGAGACUCUGAGCUCACAGAAGGACAUGGAAGUUUCUACAUUACUCUCAGAAAAGGAACUUGCACGUAACCAGUUGGUUGUAAUGCGAAAAACCUAUAAUGCGAUUCUUAGGAACAAGAACGGGGAGGCAGCACAAACUUCUGAAGCAGCUCAGAAGCUUCAGCGGAGUGUAGAUGAUCUUAAAGUGUCUGCCCAAAAGAAGGACGAUGAGAUUAGCAGAUUGCGAGCAGAAGCUGUUGCUGCUGAAAAGAAGCUACAGAUAGCUCAAAAGCUUCAGCAGAGUGUGGAUGAUCUUAAGGCGGCAGCCCAAAAGAAGGAUGAUGAGAUUGACAGAUUGCGAGCAGAAGCUGUUGCUGCCGAAAAGAAGCUACGGGAAAUGCAAUCCUUGGUCAAGGAGAAAGAUGAUGAAAUCCAAACUAUUAAUGAUGGGCAAGAUGAAACUAAUCAGAAGCGCAGGCGUGUCUCCUCGACUUCAAAUGAUGAUGAGCAGAGUGAAAGUGUUGAGGAUGAUGAUGUUCAGAGUGGAAGUGAUGAGGAUGGUGACGAGCAGAGUGAAAGUGAUGAGGAUGGUGAUGAGCAGAGUAGAAGCGAUGACAAUUGUGAUGAGCAGAGUAGAAGUGAUGAUGAUGAUUUGCAGAGUAGAAGCAAUAAUCAAGUUCGAAAGCCUCUCUCGAAGCCCAAGAGAAAGAGAGAUGCUUGUAAUGCCCAGGUCGCCAACAGCAAUAAUCAAAGUAAAAUUUGUCAAUCGAUCCCAAGAAGGCACUACCUGACUAGGAUGGCUCCAAAGCCGCUGCGCUCACGGAAGCUGCGUAUUGUCAAUGGCCAGCGUUGUCUGGAGGGUACCGGCCACUGGGGCAAGUACGUCAGGCUUGUGAACGACAGCUUGGCAGACCAACCUGACAAGCACAAGGAGUUUGUCACCUUCUUGCGCUUUUUCAGGAUCUGUAGAAUUCGUUAUUCGGCCAGUGCCACGGAAAAGGCAUUAGAAGGACACCACGAGCUGAUCCGCCAGUUUAACCGGUUCUUGCCUAACAAUUGUCAGAUCAAGGUCAGGGAGGAGGGGGGCAGCACCCCAAUGAGCAGCCGUGAAAAUAUCAGUGCCGUGGCCGGGCUCGUGAAGCUGAAGGAGGGCGGCAGCCCAAGGGUUUAGUCAUCUUAGCUGACUGAUAAUUCAGGCUUGUUAAUUAGGAGGAACAAGUCAUCUGACGAUCGCUGGUUGCCGCUUCUUGUAGAUGGAUGUUUAUGCUAUGCCAUGCCUGUUCCUGCUCUGUCUAGACUUAGAUGCUAGCUGCUGGAUGAACUACCAGAACAUCCGAUGCAGGCGGAGCCAUGCACGAAGAGUAUAUUCUUUUUUUGUUAGUUAGCAUGGUUCCUCCACUGAUUUUGCGCAAGGUGUUCAUUGUUCUCGAGUUUACUAAAUGUAAUUAUUGGGGCAGACAAAUGCAGGAAAACGACGGAAUUGUUUGAUCCUACAUAUUUUUGUGAAAAUGUGAUCAUGCAUUGCUAUAAGGUAACACAGGUUCUCACCACAUUGUGAA